UUAGAACUGAAAGUAACUCUUACAGCGGGAAAGGCUACUUUACAGCAGUUCUCUCAUGUCUUUCUUUUGUUUAUUUGGACAUUGAUUCAUUGUCUGUUAGGAGUGGAACUAACUGAGAUUGGGAGAGGAAGUCAAAUUCACAAGGUGACGUUUGGACAAUAAAAAGGGAAACUGGCUAGACAUUUCCUGUCGUAAAUGGAUUACAACUGAUACACAGUAGUGGAUACCUGACAACACGUACCAGAGGAUUUCUUUUUUCCUCACGUUUUGAGGCUAUACCGUGUUUGUUUACAAUUACGAUGUUAACAAGUGUUGCCAUAAAGCAAGCUUAUAUUCUGGGUUCUGAUGGGGUACGACAGUUGAACUAAGCUCAUGAGCUAUUUGAAAAUUAUAUUCUUCUAGAGUCAAUGGCCUAGCAAGAACAUUACUGCUUUAUAAGUCCAAAAGUGGAUGUAGCCACUGCAGAUUGUCCCUUUGGAGUGAAAAUGGCAACAUCAAAAGAUCAAGAUGUUGAUAACUGUGAAACUAGCACUCCUGAACAGUCAAAUCCUCUGCUGCCCCAGUUGUCACAACUUGAAGAGCUCUCAAACGUAAUUGAAAGCGAAGAACCUAGUGAACAGCAAUUGAAGACUAUAGUUGCCCUUCUUCUGUCUCUUGGGGAUACUAUUGAACAUGAUUUAAAACAACAGCACUCAAUGAUAGAUAGGCUUGUAGUCAUACAUACAAAAAUCAUGGACAAACUUAGUCCUGGUCAAAAGGAUGCUAGUAGUGCCACCACUGGAACAAUGAGACAGUUCUACAACAAGGCCCUGGAUUCAGUAGGAACAAUCAUCACUAAACUGGCCAAAGAGAUUGGAGUCAACUAUUCAGAGUCAAAUAUGUUUCUUCAAAAAGAGUUUGGCCUUAAAACCGAUAGUCCAAAGGCAUGUUUGAAUUGCAACCAUAUAAAGAGCUCAAUAUCCUGGAUUCAGGUUGAACCCUCCGUGUCUACAGAGGAUGAGACCACCGUCUACACACUUGACUCUUCUGCAGCAGGGCAUUACGAGUGCAUCUCAUCAGGGCUGCGGUGGGUAUGUGAGAGCAAAGUCAGCCUGCGAUACCAGUUCAGCUCCUGGGAGCCUCACAGGGCCACUCUGAACAACAUGCAGCUGGAAGAAGGAGGUCCAUUACUGGACAUCACAAUGAUUUCUGGCAAACUAGAAGAAAUUAGUCUGCCACACUUUGUCUGUAUAGAUCCAGACUACCCACAAUCCUCCUUGAGAGAAGACAUGAAGGUUCUACAUGUGAAAGACAACAGAAUGCUUGUGGAAGAAGUGGAUGAGGUGACGCGGUUCCACGCCAAACUGCUUUAUCCCUCCUUCUCUGGCAGGGGUUUGGUACUGAGACGUGGGUUGCAUUGGAGAGUGCACUGUGACCUUCUGAUCUUCAGGUCCACCAGAGCACUCCUCACCUUACACACAUAUGUGAUCCGAUGUGAUCCUUCUCUAGCACGGGAGGUGGAGGCACAGGAGAAGUCAUAUGGAUUCUUAAGACUUCCAAAGCCAAAGCCAGAGAAGUCCCAUCGGAAGGGGAGUCGCUUCACCCUCAAGACCUCGUGUCAAUCCUCGAUUACGCCAGAAAAGAUCAAGCUGAGAAGCACCAGGCCAAACUACUUUGAAGUGUACAUAAAGGACGCUGCGAUAGACUUUGAAAUGGAGUUGAUAAGUGAGAAGGGAGAAUCUUUAUGGAAAGCUGAAAUACGAACAGAUGAAUACAGAGACGAUUCAUCCACAAGAGACAUUGAGUUUGUAGAUGAAUUCAGACCACAGCUCAUUCAAAGAGUCAAUAAUGUGUCUGCCAUAGCAGAUGUUCUCUUGACAAAGGGCAUGAUUGGUGGAGAGAUCAAUGCAAAUAUCAGCGCUGCACCGACCCGGCAGGACAAGAUGAGAGUGAUAUACGAGGCACUGAAUUCAGGUGGACCACACGUCAAAGCUGCAUUCUUUACUGCACUCAAAGAAAAGGAACCAUUUCUAGUCAAAGACUUGGAUAAAUAAUACCUUAUCGCUCAAUCUCUCAUUCUUAUAGCAAGGGUGGAGGAAAGAGUGAUAAGAACUAUGAAAGAAGAGACUUUUCAGGGUUAGAAUCCCUUAACAAAAAGACCUAAAAUGGUUCUCACAUUUCUAUAUAUUUUUUAAUUGAACCUUUAUUUAACUAUGCAAGUCAGUUAAGAACAAUGACGGCCUACCGGGGAACAGUGGGUUAACUCAAAUCAAAAGUAUUUAUAUAGCCCUUCUUACAUCAACUGAUAUCUCAAAGUGCUGUAUAGAAACCCAGCCUAAAACCCCAAACAGCAAGCAAUGGUGUAGAAGCACGGUGGCUAGGAAAAACUCCCUAGAAAGGCCAAAACCUAGGAAGAAACCUAGAGAGGAACCAGGCUAUGAGGGGUGGCCGGUCUUCUUCUGGCUGUGCCGGGUGGAGAUUAUAACAGAACAUGGCCAAGAUGUUCAAAUGUUCAUAAAUGACCAGCAUGGUCAAAUAACAAUAAUCACAGUAGUUGUCGAGGGUGCAGCACCUCAGGAGUAAAUGUCAGUUGGCUUUUCAUAGCCGAUCAUUAAGAGUAUCUCUAACGCUCCUGCUGUCUCUAGAGAGUUGAAAACAGCAGGUCUGGGACAGGUAGAACGUCCGGUGAACAACUGCAUUGUUCAGGGGCAGAACGACAGAUUUUUACCUUGUCAGCUCAGGGAUUCGAUCCAGCAACCUUUCAGUUACUAGCCCGACGCUCUAACCACUAAGCUGACAUUAAAAGGUCAACUUUGGCGACGAAAACAAAUAACUCCACCCCUUUCUCAAUUUUCGAACAGAAACAGGGUGUGCCUUUGGUGGCUCAUCGAUGAUGAUAAUAAGUUACUCCUACUCGUCAGAAAAAGUAACUGUAUUAGUUAACACCAUUCUUUGAGUUUUUUCCCCAAAGUCAACCUUUAAUAUGGGCCAUGGAGGUGAUGAACUAGACACAUCUACGAUGACAAACUGUACCGAGUCUGUUUUAACAUAGUACCUUGUAUAAAUAUAUUUGAUUUACAUUUAAUUCAAUUUUCACUGUAUUACAUUUUCAUGUCAUUGUAUUUGUUGUUAAUCAUGUAUUGGAUCAAUUAAAGAUGUACCACAGCAUUAUCUCUACUGAAUGCAUAUGAUGUAGCCUCUCUCUAUGUACAGUAUCAACCUAACAACCUAUGUGGACACAUCCAGGACUUUUGCAGUACCAUUGAGUCUGAUUCCUAAUAUAGAAAAAUAUGUACAAAAUGUCUCUGUGUGCUAAAUCUACAAGUAUGAUGGCAACAUAUAUCCUAAAGGUUAGCUUAACAAAUCGCUAUCGUUCUCUAACAUGCAAAGUCUUACAUAAGGUGUUUCUGAGUGAGUGACCAUGUAAGACAAAAGGAAUGUCAAUCAAUGACCAAAUCAACAACCAGCGGCUCUUUAACAUUUCUGUGGGAUACAAACGCUUAUAUAGACAUUACCUGGAUAUGUUGCAUUCAAAGGAAAAAACAGAAACAUUUGAUUUAAAAAAAGAAAGAAACGUCAUUACACAACAAGACAUCUGGGGAGAUUGUAUCCUAGACCAAACAGCCUGGACAUCUGGGGAGGUUGUAUCCUAGACCA